AUGUUGGUCGUGCCUCAUGUAGGAUGCAGAGUGAGGACAAAAGCCAAGGAUACCGCACAGUCUCCCUGUUUCUACACAUGGAACAUUUGCGGCAGUAGAACCUCGAUAUCAGCUUUACAGUCCUCACCUUCACCGCCGAUGAAAGCACAGACGACAUGA